CCAAUAUCACCACAUCGAGCUCCACAGCAGGUCACGAUCUUUUGCAAAGCACCAGCAACAACCUGUUGCUAGCUCAACACGGCUUGCACUCCGCGAUGCCAAGCUGCAGAGUUUUGCUUGACUUGCAGGGUGUACGAAGCCGCUAUCGAAUCAGACCCAUCUAAUCUAAUCUGAUGCAUCUUAUCCGAUGAUCACCUACUACAUUGAUGCUGCGACCAUGUCCGACAGCACUCCGAAACCACUUCACCGUCGUCACGGCAUACGCAAUAGGUCAAAGGCCCAGAUGACACAAUGGCGCAUUUUAAUAAAAGCGGUGGCUUGUCCAAAAUGCUUGACGCACGAUACAUGAGGGAAAGGUUCCCCAAAUUCCUGGCAACUGUUCGAGCUGGUGCAACGCUCUUCUGGCCGUAAAGAUGGCACUGUACGACUUGGUCACGUCUAUGAAUGUUGAGAAGCUCGGCGCACUUUCCCGAUGGAAACCACUUGCUUUCGCUGCGAUCCUGCUCGCCGUAGCCUACUACCUGCGGAAAACAAAAUCCAAGCCUCUCGAUCUCAAGCAAUACUCGCACUUCCCACAGCCAGAGCCAGCAGACCCCGUGCGUGGUCACUGGCCAUGGAUUGAGAAAGCCGCUGCGGCGGGCGAUCCUCGGCGCGCUUUCGACGAGAUGUUGUAUGAGCAGGCUGAGAGGCUGAAUUUCCCUCCGGUGCUCCUUGUCGACUGGCGCCCAAUUGAGAAGUUCCCCAUUCUGUUCAUUUUGGACAAUGGUGUCGCCGAGCAGGUCACCAAACCGAGCAAAGUGUUUAGGACCAGUAUGCCCAAGCAUCCUGCCAUUCAGCAGUUGGCUCCUCUGGUUGGCGCAAGGUCUCUGGUCACCACGGAUGGCGACGAAUGGAAUGCUCUGUACAAGAGGAUCCGGCCUGGCUUCCAACCCAAUCAUCUCCUCAGUCUAGUGAACGUUAUCCUGGACAAAUUGGAAACGUUCAUCGAGCUCAUGGAAGAGAAAGUCACCAGCGGUGAGACAUUCUGCCUCGGUUCGUACACCACAAACCUCGUCUUCGACAUCAUCGGCAUCGUAACAUUCGACAUGGAUCUCAACGCCCAAAUCGAUGGAAAACAAUCUGACGUCCUACUAACCUACCGUGCCCUGUCCCAAGCCUUCAACAAGCGCCCCUUCGGCGGGGUGGGGUGGCGCGACUACUUCACCGCCAACGAGCGCGAGAUCCGAUAUCAGGACAAGAAGCUCGACCGCAUCCUCAAAGCUGAGAUCAAGGAGCAGCACAAAACACUAAUUACCGGUGGCGCUAAUACGAAAAGCAAGAGCAGAAGUGUAGCAACCCUUAGUCUCCAUGGUAUUGAGAGAUUGACACCCCAGAUCUUGCAGCAAACAAGCGACACGCUGCGCGGCUUCCUCUUCGCAGGCCACGACACGACGUCUAUCCUCUUGCAGUGGGCAUUCUACGAACUGCACACACAUCCCUCCGCUGCUCGAACUCUCGCAGACGAACUGACCUCCGUAUUCGGUUCUGCCACGCAUCCAUCGUCCAUCAUAGCUCAACUCCGCGGCCCAGAAGCAGGACAACUACUAGCACGCCUCCACUUCACAGACGCCGUGAUCAAAGAAACCCUCCGCCUCCACCCACCCGGCACAACGGCACGCGUCGCCCCGAGCCACUCAAACACCACACUCACGCUCCCUGAUGGAGAUACGCUGUGCGUCGACGGACUGUGUGUGACACCACGCGCAUACAUUAUCCAGCGACAUCCCAAUAUCUUCGGCUUGACGCGCAACUCCUUCGUCCCCUCGCGCUGGCUGGGCGAGGAAGGCAAGAGCAUUCCGGAGAGUGCGUGGCGGCCGUAUGAGCGCGGGCCGAGGCGGUGCACGGGGAGCGAGCUGGCGAAUCUGGAGACGAAGAUUAUUAUUGCAUGCGUUGCACGGCACUUUGAGUUCGUCAAGCAGGGGCUGGGUGAAGUGGAGAGGGAUGAGAAUGGGGGGGUGUUGUUUGAGGAGGGCGAGGGGGGGAAGGUGAAGACCAAGGGCACCAUGUUUUCGACGCAUCAGGUUACUGCGAAGCCGGUUGAUGGGAUGGAGAUUAAAGUGCAGAUCAAAGGAGAUCAGUGAGCGGCGUCAUUUGGAGUUCAAACGUAGCUUGUCUGCCAGGUGAGGUCGAAAUCGAAGGAAUGGGAGGUAGUGCUUGUUAGAGAAACGUACACCCACUCAAUUAAGGCACGGGUCUGCUUGGUGUAAUAGGCAAUUCUACACCUACACGCUGGGAUAUAGUGGCCGGGGUACUUGUACAAAGUAAGGGU